AGUGUUUGAAACGCUACGGUGGCGUCUGCUCGCGUUCGUUCUGCAGUGUGCGUAGUGCGUACCCGUACCGAAUACGAGAGACAUCCCGAACCCAAAUUCCAGAACAAUGAAGAUCUACAUCUCGUUCAUGUCCCUCGUUGUGGCCGCGGUUGCCGCUGACAGUACCUCGGAUUACAUGAACUCAGUAUUGAAGCUAGCCGGGAACUAUCUCGUGUCCUUGGGCCUGGAACCUGCCAGGAUCCCGACCAAUUUCACCUUCACUGCUUGGAAUCUCCAAACGGACAUCAAUAGCAUUCACAUAAAUGGACUCGGCAAUCUGACCCCGAAAAAAUGCAAGCUUCAGAAGCCAAAAGUGGAGUGUGAUGUUUCCUUGAAAUCUGUGAGUUUCGUCGCUUUCGGACGCUUCAAAGACGCACAGACUUUCGAGGAGCUGAAUGUCACUCUGCCCGUGAGAGAAGGCGAGCUUGAAAUCGAGAUCAACACCGGCACCAAAGCAUCGAAAGUCAAGUUCGACGAUAAACUGAAGUUCGAUAAGCUCAAGUUCAGCCGGACUACGGUUAAUUCAAAGGCUCUGGAUGACACGGCGAAAGCCCUCGACUCGAAACUCACCCCGAUUAUCACUGAAUUCCUGAGCAAGGACUUCUUCGACGUCGUGAAGAAUGCUGUCACUCACACUGAGGUCCCGAGCAAUUUUUGAGCUGAGCUUCCUCCGGAAUGACACAUUUUUGACGAGACAGGAACUCGCGCGCUUAGAAAAUAAAUUCUUGCUCGGAUGUAAUUCUUCAAC